AUGAUUCAACAACCAAACCAACAACAAUUCUCUGAAGAAAAUAUUAUGCAGCGCACUGAUAUGUGUUCUUCUUCUUCGUUAGAUUGUUAUGAUGAUGACAGAAUUAAUUCGGUAGGAAAACGAGAGUAUGUCAAUAAUGAUAACGAUACAAUUACUACUACUAGUUAUCAAGAUAACAAAAAGCGAAAGAUUAGUGAAGCACAUGUUCUUUCUCCUGAAGCUGAAAAACGUCUGUUGAAUGAUUGGAAUGAGUUUUGUGCAACUUCUUCAGACCAAGUGAAUGUCUUGUUUGGAAUGUUGAUUUCUAGAUUUACAGAUUUUCAGAGUUUACCUGAACAUGUAUUAUUCCAAUCGAUGGUUAGUCAAUUGGCAAACUCCAAGAUAAAUCCCAACUCUUGA